CAAUCAAAUGAAUGAAUAAAUAAAUAUUGUAGCGAUUUUAUAAGUAGAAAUUUGGUUGUUGUUGUUUUUGUUUUUUGUUGGUUGUGUGUCAGAUGAAAUGGAUAAAAACGAAAAAUUGAAAAAAGUAUCAAUAGCAUGGAGAAAUUUACGUUAUGAAGCGAAUAGUUUGUUGUUCGGUCGUGAUCGAAAAAUUAUUCUACGAAGAUUGAAUGGUCAUCUGAAUUAUCAAAGUUUGAAUGGAUUUCUUGGUCCAAGCGGUGCGGGCAAAACAACCUUAUUGAAUUGUCUGAAUGGAACAUUACGCGGAACGGGAUUGUCAACAGACUCGGAAAUCUAUUUCGACCGUAGUGGUAACCAACAAACACCGAUAAUACGUUCGAUCGAACAACAUGUUCAGGAAACCAUUAUUGGUAAGAUGACCAUUCGACAAGUGCUUCAAUAUGCAUUCAGAUUCAAAAAUAAUCGAAAGGAUUUCUCCAAAAUGGAUCAUCACAUCGAACAAAUAUUGAAGGAAAUUCAACUGGACGAAACAAUUCUUGACAAUCAAUUCGAAAAGUGUUCUGGAGGUGAACAAAAACGUGUGGCCAUUGCUCAGGAAUUGAUGUCAUUACAACAACCGAAUUUUUUGUUUAUGGAUGAACCGACCACUGGUCUGGAUAGUAAUUCCGCUUUGCUGGUAAUGCAAUGUCUUCGUCGAUUAGCCGAUCAUAAUGAUCAUCUGACCAUUUUGGUAUCGAUACACGCACCAAGUUCAGACAUUCUCAAUCUAUUCGACCAACUUUAUAUCCUGGCCAAAGGUGGUGUUUGCAUUUAUUUUGAUUCACCUAAAAAUCUGAAAAUAAAGCUGCAUCAAAACUACCGAGAGGAAUUUCGAGAAGAUAGACCACCAAUUGAAAAUUAUUUGAAAAUAGCAUGCGAAGGAAUCGAUAAUACAGGCGUACAGAGAUUGGCAAACUUAAAUCUUGAAGAACAACGAGAAAAGUUAUCGAUAUUGAAUUUGGAAGAAAAACUGGAUCUAAUAAACACUAUACCAAAUAAUCGAAAAACAUUCAAUAUUGGAGAUUCAUUAUUAAAUCUACAUCGAAUGACAAAUUUAAUUUUUAUUAUUGAACGUGCCAAAUUGUUGAAACAUUUUUUAAUAUUUUUUUCAUUUUUCAUACUAAUCUCAUUAUCAUUCAAACAAUCAAUUGUUCGACCAAAUACCUGUUAUCGAAUCGAUGAUUAUUAUGAUGGUGAUGAAACGAAUUCAACAUGUUUUGAACAAUUACAAGAUAAACAACUUGUCGAUCAAUAUCGAUUAUAUAUUGCAAUGGGUAAUGCAAUCAGUGGUUUUGCUGUUGCAUGUUUAACCGUUUUGGAAUUUAUGCCAUUGAUUAAAAUUUUUCAUAAUGAACAUCGUAAUAAUUGGUAUAGUCUUGGUGCAUUUUAUUGGUCAUUUAUGGCUGUAAAAACUUUAGAAAUUAGCAUAAUGUCCACAUAUAUUACUGGAAUGACUUAUUUUUUUAUCGAUCAUACAUAUGUGGAUGAUAAUCAAUUGAAUUUUAAUCGUUUUGGACAUUAUCUACUUUUCAUUAUGAUUCAAUAUAUUUAUAUUGAAAGUUAUGGAUUCAUACUCAGUUCAUUAAUAUCAUAUCAAGAAAUUGUAUUAAUAUUGAAUAUUGUUAUUGUACAAACAAUACAAAUGUUUAGUGGUUUAAUGUUUAGUAUUGAAAAAAUGAAUAAACCUAUAUUGAGCUUAAUAUCAAACAUAAUGAUGUCAUCAGUAGCACAAAAUGGUUUGAUGUAUUCACUAAAUGUUUUGGAUCGAUGUGAUAUGGAAACAGAAUUAUCAUAUGCUCUUGUUGAUUAUGGUAUUGAUCAGAAUAAAAUAUAUACUGAUCUUAUCAAAAUAAUAGCAGCAACAUUGGCCAUUCGUAUUGCCACUUUCGGUGUGAUGUAUAUUCGUUUUUCAAAUCUCUACGUAAAGAUCAAUUCUAGUCGUUCCACACGAAAAAAUGAUGAACUUGUAUCAAUCGAUUACAAUGAUUCAUCGAUUGAAAUGAUGAAAAUUGAUUCAAAAGAAAUAACUCGUCAUAAAGAGGAUAAAGAAUUGGAGUUUGAAGAAUUUACACGUGGAAAAAUUAUGGUCGCAUGGCGUUCAGUUACAUUAUUUGCUUCGAAUUCCAUUUACGAAAUACGUUCUGUCGAUGAAAUCAGUGAUCGAUCAAAACUAAUACUGAGAAAUUUGAAUGGUCAAUUUCGAUUUGGAACGUUGAAUGCAUUGAUGGGUCCAUCUGGUGCUGGUAAAACUUCAUUAUUGAAAGUAUUAAAUGGCCAAAUGAAAACCAAAUUAUGUAAAGAAAGUCAAUUUUACUUGACCAAAUAUUGUCCAACUCGAGUUUGUUAUCUAACGCAAGAAGUUUCCAACCAUUUAAUACCUGGUUUGACAGCGCUACAAAGCUUAAUCUAUGCAUCAAGAUUAAAGAAUGUUCGUGAAGAAUCGAAUACAAAUCACGAAAGCAUAGCACGAAACAUUCUGAAUAAAUUGGGUAUAGCCGAUACUGCUGACACUUAUGUGCAAAGAUGUUCGGGUGGAGAACGAAAACGAUUAGCACUGGGUUUGGAAUUGACUAGUCUCCGUAUGCCAAAUUUGAUUUGCAUCGAUGAACCGACCAGUGGAUUAGAUAGUAAUUCAGCUGAAGCAUUGGUCGCUUGUCUGGCUAGACUUGCACGAAUUCACGAUCUGACCAUCAUAACAAGUAUUCAUCAACCAAACAUAGAAACGUUGAUGAUGUUUGAUCAACUUUACGUUCUGGCAUUAGGUGGUGUUUGCGUUUAUUCGGGCAAACCGUCUGAUAUUCAACAUAAUCUACCAUGUGAUUCAAAUUUUGAAGAUUUAUCACCCAUCGAACGAUUGAUUAAAUAUUCAUGCAAUAAUUACAAAGAUUUACAAGUUAAAGAUUUAUCUCGAUUAGCAGAUGAAAAAAUACUGACCGAGCAUCAAGAUGUAUUAACAGAUACUGUUUUUGUUAUUGAUGGAAUACCUACUAAUCGUAAUCGAUUUUCGUUACAAUCAUGUUGGAUAUGGAUUCUUCGUUAUAUAAUGUUUGUUCGUGGAUAUCAAUGGAUACCAAUGGCUGUAUUCAGUUAUCUUUCUAUAUAUUUAGCUAUAUUAUUAUUAUUCAUGUUUGAUAGUAAAAUGGUAAACAGUGAUGGUUGUUUUAAUCCACAAGAAGACCUUAAUAUUACUUGUAAUAGAACCAAAGAAGAUGAUGAUAAAAUUUUCGAUCUGGAAAUGUCAUUUCGUUAUAUUAUUGUUUGUCCAAAUACAUUGAUAGCUAUUUAUAUGGUACAAACAUCAUAUUUAUUUUCAAAUGAUAUUCGAUAUUUUUGGAAUGAAUUUCGUAAUGGUUGGUAUAGCACCGGUGCAUUCUAUUUUUCACGUAUAAUAAUUGAAUGGAUUCAUAUUGCAUUAACAAUGAUAAUAUUUAUCUAUAUGAUUGAUAUCUAUGAAACAAUACUACCUGGUAUUUACUGUUGGUUGUAUGUCAUCUUUUUACUGGGAAUAAUAUCCAUACAAGGUAUUGGAAAUAUAUUGGCCAUUUUAACCAAUGGAAAACUGACAAUUUUAGUUGUUUCAAUACCAUGUAUACAAACAUUGUUAGCUUUUCUUGGAAAUGUGGCAACACCGGUGAAACAAUUACAUUAUUUUUUUCAAUUUUUAUCAUUAUUUUCACCAUCAAGAUUUAUAAAUGAAAGUUUUGUAAUGUUACAAUAUGGUUUUGAUCGUUGUCGUCCGAAAGAAAUUCAAGUAAUUCUUUAUCAUUUACGUAUCGAACAUGAUGAACAUUUUUAUUUUUGUAUCAUAAUGUUGAUCAUACAAGCUAUAUUUUAUCAUCUGGUAGCAUUCCUAUUGAUUAUGAUCCGUUCGAAUCCAUUUGAAUCUCGUAAACAUCGUGCUGAAAAAAUUCUUAAACAUCAUAAAUCAAUGAAACGAUCAAAUGUUUUCAUACCUGGUCUUGGUUGUGAUAAUCAUUUUGUUAUACGCACAAUUCAAGUUUAAUUAUUUUUAUUAAGA